AUGGGCAAUGGUAUCACCAAGAACCCAUGCUUCUCUGGGGAUCCCUACGCCACUGCCGUCCCUUCGGACCCGCUCCCCGAGGAUAGCCAUGGCCACUCCUUCAUGUACGUUCCUACAAGUGCCGCCUUCGCUACUUCGGCGUCGUCUGAGACGUCCUUCUUCUCGCUGUCCGGCGCGGCCAUCAGUGCCAACCAGGUGACAGCUGCGUCGAUGCCGUCGUUCAGCCUUCUCAACCAGAUGACGUGGCCACAGUCGUCUGCGUGCACCUUCGAGAGCUCGCGCUCCUUCGCCUCCGUGCCGCUCCAGGCCGUGCCGAACAGGAUGGCUAUGUCCGGACCGCUCCAAUCCAUGUCCAGCCGCUUCUCCGAGACGUCCGGCACGGCAUCCAUGAUCUCCAAGUCCGGCACGCUGGACCGCUCCUUCUCGUCGUCGUCCUCCUUCGUGAGGCCCCAGGCCAGUAUUUCUCAUCUCAUCGCUGAACGUCGUCUGGCGCGCUCUCAAAGCCACAAUGAGCGAUCGCUCGUCGAAUUCUUGGCCAGAGCCGCUUCCAAGCUCCGGUUCCGGGGGUCCUCGCGCCUAGGCCUCCUGUCAGAGGGACCUGCUGACGCGGCAAAGACGGAGUCCUCCAGUGACGGGGACCCCCGCUCGCCGCCGAAGAACAAUGUGCAGUGGGCGCAGGGCAUGGCCGGCGAGGACCGGUUCCACGUGGCGGUGUCCGAGGAGCACGGGUGGGUGUUCGUCGGGAUUUACGACGGCUUCAACGGCCCAGACGCGACCGACUACCUCUUCGCGAACCUCUACGUAGCCGUGCACCGCGAGCUCAAGGGCGUGCUCUGGGACGACAACGAGGGCGGCGAGCCGGUGGCCAAUGCCGAUCACCCAGAUGGAGGCAACGACAGCCCAGAAUUUUACCGUAAGCCGACGAAGAGGGGACGAACGGAACAGCUGGAGAUGAUCGAUGGUGCCACAACCGGGGGUGGCACAACGAAAACAAUUCAACGCGACGUCCUCAAGGCGCUGGCCCGGGCGCUGAGGAAGACGGAGGAGGCCUUCUUCGAGGCAGCGGAGCAAAACGCGGAGGAGAGCCCGGAGCUUGGGCUGAUGGGGUCGUGCGUGCUGGUGAUGGUGAUGAAGGACAAGGACGUGUACGUGAUGAACGUUGGGGACAGUCGUGUUGUGCUGGCGCGGAGGCGGGAGGCCGACAUCAGGAACAUCAUCGGCAAGGCGAGGCAAGAAUUGGACGGCCUGCAGACCGUGCAGCUCACCGCCGAGCACAGCACCGCUGUUGAGGAGGAGGUGAUGAGGAUCAGAGGCCAGCAUCUGAAUGAUCGCAACGCCAUCAUCAACGGCAGGGUGAAGGGGCAGCUCAACGUCACCAGAGCAUUUGGGGCGGGCUACCUGAAGCAGCCAAAGUGGAACAAUAGGUUGCUAGCAGCGUUCAAGGUUAACUACAUCGGCAUGGACCCCUACCUCAACUGCAUCCCGUCACUGUGCCACCACCAGAUCGGUCCAGAAGACAAGUUUCUGGUGCUGUCGUCUGACGGGCUCUAUCAGUAUUUCACCAACAAGGAGGUUGUUGAUCAGGUCCAGAUGUUCACAGCCGCAAAUCCCGAAGGCGAUCCCGCACAGCAUCUCGUCCGAGAACUUCUGCUCCGGGCUGCAAGGAAGGCUGGUAUGGAGUGCCAUCAACUGCUCGAGGUGCCGCACGGCGACAGGAGGAACUACCAUGACGACGUGUCGAUCAUCGUGAUCUCGUUCGAGGGGAGGCUCUGGAGGUCGACCUUCUAG